GAUCCCGCUCACUCGCAGCUUUCGGCAUCCCCCCGAAACUCCGAAAGGCCCGGACCACCGAGCUGAAACGUACUUUCCGUCGAAAAUCUCCAUUUCGAUAAAGCAAUCUCAUCCUGCGUCGUCUUCCAGCUCUCGCAUUCCCUCUCGUACUUCGCAACACAAACACAACAAGUCAACAACUUCCGACGGCAGCCACAGCCCUUGUACACAACUUGAGACAUCAAAAGACCCGCCUCAUUUAUCACCACAAUGGUUCUUGCUAUCCCCUCCGCAAGCCUCGAAGGCAAAGUUGCCCUGGUCACGGGUGCCGGCCGCGGCAUUGGCAAGGGUAUCGCCCUCGAGCUCGCCCGCCGCGGAGCUUCAGUCAUUGUCAACUACGUCUCUUCGGCUGGCCCGGCCCAGGAAGUGGUCCAAGAGAUCGUGUCUUACAAGAACGGCGCCCGCGCCAUCGCCAUCCAAGCCGACGUGUCCAAGGUUUCCGAAAUCGACCGGCUGUUCGCCGAGGCCAAGAAGGCAUUCGGCCGCAUUGACAUCGUCAUGUCUAACAGCGGCACCGAAUCGUGGGACAAGAUUGAGGAGAUCACCGAGGAAAAGUUCGACCAAGUCUUCAACCUCAACGCGCGCGCCCAGUUCUUCGUCGGCCAGGCCGCCUUCAAGAACCUCGAGCAGAACGGCCGGCUAAUCCUCAUGACGAGCAUCGCCGCCGGCCUGAUGGGCGUCAAGAACCACGCGCUGUACAACGCCAGCAAGAUGGCCGUCAUCGGCAUGGUCAAGGCCUUUGCCACCGACUUUGGCGUCAAGGGGAUCACUGUCAAUGGGGUGGCGCCCGGCGGUGUCAAGAGCGACAUGUUCACGCAGAACGCCUGGCAUUACAUCCCCGGUGCCACGCCCGACACUCCGGCAAAGGAGAUUGAGGAGUUGAUGGCGGACUUUUGCCCACUAGGCCGGUGUGCUGUGCCUGAGGAUGUCGCCCGCGCGGUGGCAUUCCUGGCGAGCCAGGAUGGUGGCUGGGUCAACGGCCAGGUCCUUACCAUCUCGGGGGGUUCGUCCCAGUAAAAGCUUAUCAUAUUGCCGGUUCAGCUUCUUCCAUCGCUGAGCUAUGAGGGAAGUUUGUGUAAAGUAUUGUUGAAGUGGUCGU